AUGCGACAAUCAGAGUAUAAAAAGAGAUUUGACCCUGAUUUGGGUAUUUUUACAAGACAACAUAUUUAUGGUGAAGGAAUAACAGAUGUGUUUAAAUCUGUUGGUUCUAAAUUAUUUGGAAAGACAUUUAAAAAAGCCGCUAAAAAGGGAGUUGAAAAAGCGGUGACAACAGCCGCAACAAAAACCGGUGAACAUGUUGGUAAAAAGGCCGGUGAUAAAAUAGUGCAAAUGUUAUCAAAGGGGGAAGCCCCCAAAACCCCCCUGCUAAACCCCCCUGCUGGGGGGAUUGCAUCCCCCCAAAACCCCCCUGCUAAAAAAAUAUCACAAAAAGAGAUAGAUCAAAUGUUGAAUAACCUUCUUAGUGGGGGUUCAACACGUAAGAGAAAAUUAUAUAAUUAUUAAAAUAAAAUGAAGUCUUUUAGAAAUCCAAAAUAUUUAGACAGAUAUGAGGAUGUUGUUUAUGACCUGGAACAGACUUUAGAUGCUGCUCCAGCAAAUAACGCUCACCAAACUAAAACAGGUCUUAGAUUUGUAGCUGAUAACACAGGAGAAUCCACUCCUUUUGAUUGGUAUAACGCAAGAUUAUCAAUGGAUUUUAAAGUAAAUAAGCUGGCAGAUGGAGGAAACAUAGCAGUUGCCGACCAUAAUGGAAUUGUAAAUGGUAGUAACUCAUUUAUAGAGAAAUUAAGUAUCCUAGCAAAUGGACGAGAAGUUUAUAGUUGUAAUUAUGCGAAUCAUGUUGUAAAUAUUAAAAAUUUGCUUGAGUAUAAUCCUUCAUAUGCAGAGAGUGUUGCUACAAACGAAUUUUAUUUUCUUGAUACUUCAAGAGCCGCAGAGGAAAGACCUGCUCAAGCAACUUAUAAUAAAGGUUUUCAUAAAAGAAAAUUACUACUAGGUGUAUCAGCCACAGUAAACUGUGAAAUUCCUCUUAAUAGAUAUUCUUUCUUUGAAGCAUUGGAAGAUAAACUACUUCCUAAUACAAAAAUCGAGUUAAAUAUCGAGAUUGAAAAAGAUGCGAAUUUAAUUUUUAAAGCUGCUGAUGAUUGUAGAGUUAUUAUAACAAGACUACAACUUUUUAUUCCAAAACUUACGUUUAAUUCAGAAGGACAAAAGAUGUAUAUGGAAAAUUAUCUUAAACCUUACAAAUGGACAUAUUUGAAUGAAGUAGUUGAAAGAUCAAAUAAUACACAACAACAGACAGGACAUUUUAGAAUUACAAAUGCUAUUUCAAAGCCAAGACAUGUAUUUAUUUUUGGAAUUGAUACAGCAAGAAUUGAUUCACAAACAGCAAAUCCAUUUGUAUACGACACUUUUGAUCUACCAAAUAAUGCUAAUAUAUCAAGAUGUUAUCUGGAAGUUGCAAAUGGAAACGAAUACCCAGAUAUUCACUUUAAACCUUCUACAGAUAUGUCAAGAGUUUUUAGAAAUGUAAUGUCAUACGUCUAUGCAAAUAAUGAUUAUCAAGGUGGAACGUUACUCAAUAGAAGUAAUUUCAAAACUUUAUUUCCUUUUGUGUAUUUUGAUUUGACUAAACAGAAAAUGGAUAUAAAAGAUGGAGUCACAAAACUAGCAUUUCAUUACGAGUUGUCUGCUAAUCCAAACGCUGAUUAUAAUAUUUACGCGCUAGUCUUACAUGAAAGAGUAGCAGAAAUAUCACAACAAGAUGGAAAACUAUUGCUUCGUGCAUAAGGGAAUCCCUACCUUAGAUACACCGCAUAUGAUUACACAGAAUUUUCCACAAGUUGUUAUGAUUACACAGAAUUUUUCACAAGUUGUUAAAGUUACACAGAAUUUUUCACAAGUUGUUAAAGUUACACAACAUUUUUACACAACAUUCUACACAAGCUUUUAAAGUUACACAACAUUUUACACAUCAUUUUACACAUUUGUGAAAAAUUCUGUGUAAUCAUUUGAUUGGUUGAAAAAAAUCACGAGAUUAUCAUGUGAAUGGGGGGAUUGCACCCCCAAAACCCCCCUGCUUCUAGAAGGUUCUAAUGACAAAGCAAUUUUUAAAAUUAGAUUUUGAAGAUAAAAUCUAAUUAUAUCAAACGGGGAAACCCCCUCCCUUCGUAGCGCCGCGUGAGGUUACACGUGGGGGAAAAAUACUCAAGCCCUUCGGGCACCCCCCAUAACCCCCUUUCCUUGUCUACGCCACGUAAAAUAAGAAUUUUAAUAUAAACAUUAAAAUAAAAUGUCUAAUUAUAUGGAAUACGGAGUAAAACUUACAGAUGGCCAAAAGACAAAACUGGCUUCUGCGAUAAUAAAUCAGUCACCUUUGACUCUUCGGUUAAAACAUUCGCAUCUUAGAGGAAAUGAUGAGUUAAUGUUGACAAAAAGACAGAUUGCCAAAAUAAAUAAAUCUAUUGCAAAUGGCACAGGAUCAGAUAUAAAAAUAAGUAAAACUCAAAUUAGAAAAUCUGUAAAACACGGAGGAAACUUAUUUUCAUCACUUGCAUCUCUUGGGGCAAAAGUUCUUCCUUUCGCAAUAAAAGGAAUAAGUAAAGCUGUUCCCGCAUUAGCUACAGGAGCUGCCACUGCACUUGGUGAAAUAGGAUUAAAUAAAAUCUUCGGAAAGGGGGGACACUACGGUAUACCAAUUACACCAGAGUUUUUCCCAAUGCUACCGCCAAUUGUAAGAGAAUUUACCAAAUCACAAAUAAAUCAAAUUAACAAAGCUUAUCAAUCAGGAAGUGGAGUAGUUAUAAAACCAACUCGUAAACAGAUAGAAGGAGGAUUUUUAGGUACACUUGCUUCUAUAGGAAUUCCAUUAGCAGUUAGUUUAGUAUCUAAGAUGCUUGGUGGGGGGCUUCAGGUUGAUAGACGUGGGUCAUCUAAUAUAGCAAAUGUUUACGUUCCACCCACAGAUGGGGGAGGUUAUCCAUAUCAAUCACCUCCUUUUAUUGGAACAUGGUCCAACCCUAUAGGAAUGGGAGUUAAAAAAAAAAAGACCAAAGGCAAGGGUCUUCUUCUAGGAAAAAACAGCCCAUUCAACUCAAUUCCCAUUCUAGGAACAAUUCUAUAAGGGGAACAGCCCCUAACACCCCUCCCUCUCAACAUUGUAAACUCCAUUUUGUAAUUAAACCUCUAUCCAACUUUGACCUCAUGGAAUGGGUAAAAAGACUUGGUAUUAAACAUUUCAGAGGAAUAUAUAGUCGUGAUGGAUUACCAAAAAAGAUUAGAAAAGAAUGUGGAAUAAUUAAUCUGGAUGAUAUUAGUGGACCUGGAACACACUGGGUUUGUUACAGAAAUAUAAACAAUUUAGUUGAGUACUUUGAUCCGUUUGGUCUGAUAAUGCCAAACGAAGUAUUAGACUAUUUUCACACGGGACCUGUAAAACCUAUUGUGUACUCAAUGGAUGAAAUACAAAAUCGCAGUACUGUUCUAUGUGGUUAUUGGUGUUUAUAUUAUUUAUUCGAGCGACAAAAAGGUAAAGGUAUUCUAGAUGUAAUACAUAACCCUAAUUUUGAUAAUGAUAACAGCGAUUUCAUACAAGAAUACUUUGGCGGGUGAACCUACGGUUCCCCCGAAACCCCCUCCCUUGGCUACGCCGCGUAAUGUAAAAAUAAUAUUUAACAAAUAUUAUUUUUUUAAUCUUCAUCUGGGACAUUUUUUAGUGAUUUAACCCUCUCAACUUUUUUAUUUAAAUCUUUAACACUAUCAACUAUAUCUAUGAAAUUAGAGUAAAUAUCAAUAAGACGAUAAAGUUUCUUUUUUUUAUCACUAUUUAGUCCCAACCAAGAAUAUUCCUCGUUUCUUAUUUUAUUCCACAUCUCACAUUCACCAACCAUCAGAACUCUAGAAAGAUCUUCGUUUUUCUUUCUAAGAGACUCCAACUCAUUAUAUAUUUUUGUCCUUACUUCUUUCUCGAAAUCCUUGAUUGUUUUAACAUCCAUAUUUUUUUCAAUCUCAGAAAAGAAUUUAGCUUCCAUUUAUUAUAUAAAUAGAUAAUUACCUUUUACAACUUUGUUAAGCGUAUUUGAUUUCUCACUUAUUUCCAUAAGCAACUCAAAUACUUUUAUAAAUUUAUUAUCGUUUUCCAAUCUAGAAAAAUCAGCGUAUUCAUAACUCAUGUUUAGGCUAUUGUAUAUCUUUUGAAGCUCACUUUUGAGAAAAUUCGAUCUGGUAUUCAUAAUUUUUAUCUAAACGUUAUAUAAAAUGAAAGAAACUUAUUGUAUCGUAGAUAAAAGAGUAACUCCUUGUACAGAGCCAAGUGGUUACCAACAAGAUAAAAGAGGUAGAACUCAAUUCUUUUGUAGAUGCGCAGUUUGUGGAAAUAAAAAAGUAAGAUAUGUUAAAACGGGAACAGCUUCUCAAACUGGAAGUGGAAAAAGAAAGUCAAAAAACUAAUCAGCCCGUCUGAAGGGGCGGGCGUCUUUGAUACAGUUGUUGGUACAGCAGUUGAUGGAUUUGUACAUUACGGGCUUCCUUGGAUGGGUAAAAAAGCAGUUGAAAUGGGGCGAUAUGGAGCAAGUGAGUUAAUGAGAAACAAAAAUCUUCAGAAGAAAGCUGUAAAUUAUGGAAUUAAUAAACUCACUCCAUUUAUUCAAGAUUCUGUUGGAACAGCCAUGGAUGAACUAUCAACAAAAGUGAGGCCAAAUAAAAAGUAUAAAACUGACAGACCAGAAUUAGAUGGAAAAGGAAUUGAUGUUCACAAGCAGAUUGGUAAAUUACCAAAACCAAAAGGUGGAUGGACCUUGCCAGGACAUAAAUAUACAGGUCCUUAUAACGAUCUCGAAAACCAAGUAAGAUAUGAUCCGGAAACUGGUGAAAUAUUAGAAAUUUAUGAUCAACCAACUGGGCCAACCGAUGCUGUUGCCAUGCAGCAUGACGUUGAUUAUAGUGUUUGCGGGGAUAACCGAAAGUGUAAAAAUAAGGCAGACAGAAAGAUGGUAAAAUCCUUAGAUGCUAUUCCUUGGAAAGAAAGACAAUGGGGCCAUACUUUAGCCAGAACAAUAAUUAAUACUAAACAAAAACUUGGUCUUGGUUUAAACGCGAGUCGGCGUUGA